GUCCGACGCCACUGGGUUGGAAAGCCGGUCUAUUUCUAUACCAUUUUGUACCACGCGACACCAGCUCAGGCAACGGUGAGGGGAUAAUUCUGCUCUGGAUUUCAUAAACCCCGAACACGUCAAGAAUUGCUGACAGAAGCGUAUCCGACAUCGGGCAAUUGUCACGUUAGCAAUAAGGUGUCCGCAGGUGACAGCCAGUAAAUCUUUCUCUGGUCCUGUGGUGUAUACACACGCAAACAUACAUACGCACAUACAUCGACAUACACACACGACACAUAUAAUAUAUGUUUGCAGUGGAUAUAAUCGAGUGGACUGGUACAGAUUCUCAAAAGGAUAUAGAGAAGCUUGUGUUCGUUUCGUUUUGGAGUUUUAUUUUUUUUAACUCGCCUAAAACUAGCCAAGUAACGAUUAAAGGAUGUCGGCGAAGGCAAUCCGCGAGGCUACCGGAAAGGACCUCAUCAAUAGGCUGCUUGGAAAUGGCACGGCCGCCGCUCAGUGUCGUUUUGCCUCUGUGAAUCCGGAAACGAAAUUUUCUCACCUGAUUGCCGAGAAUCCCUGGUUGGAGACGAGCAAGUUGGUCGUGAAACCGGAUCAACUGAUCAAACGCAGAGGCAAAUUAGGGUUGAUCGCUGUGAACAAAGACAUUGGCGAGGUGGAGCAAUGGAUUGCGGAACGUAUGAACAAGGACCAGAAAAUCGGUGCUGCUACAGGCAAAUUGCGUAACUUCAUCAUCGAACCGUUCGUUGCGCAUACGGCCGAGGAAGAGGUUUACGUCUGCAUCUACUCGCAUCGGCACGCGGAUACCAUUCUUUUUCAUCACGAGGGUGGUGUAGACAUUGGCGAUGUUGAUGCGAAAGCCCUUAAGUUCGAUGUUCUUGUUGGCACGGAAUGCACAGAGGAGCAAGUCACCGAGAAACUGCUCGGUUGUGUCAGUGACGAAGCUAAAAAAGCAAUGAUCGCGAAGUUCGUCGUAACGCUUUACAAAAUGUACGUGGACAUGUACUUUACUUACUUGGAAAUCAAUCCUCUGGUCGUUACCGCUGACAAAAUUUACGUGCUUGAUCUGGCCGCCAAACUGGACGCGACCGCCGAUUUUCUCUGCAAACCCCAUUGGGGUGAGAUCGAUUACCCACCACCAUUUGGACGAGAUGCAUACCCAGAGGAAGCAUACAUCGCUGAUUUGGACUCGAAAUCUGGAGCUAGUCUUAAGUUGACUAUUUUAAACAAAUCAGGACGUGUUUGGACUAUGGUCGCAGGUGGUGGCGCUUCCGUCAUUUACAGCGAUACCAUUUGCGAUCUAGGAGCAUCUGGAGAAUUGGCUAAUUAUGGAGAAUAUUCCGGUGCGCCAUCCGAACAGCAGACCUACGAGUACGCCAAAACGAUUUUAUCAUUGAUGACUCAGGAGAAACGUCCCGACGGAAAAGUACUGAUUACUGGAGGUGGUAUUGCCAAUUUCACGAAUGUGGCUGCAACCUUCCGCGGAAUUAUAACCGCCCUCAGAGAGUUCCAGCAGCGUCUGAUCGACCACAAGAUCUCCAUCUUCGUGAGACGCGCUGGCCCCAAUUAUCAAGAGGGUUUGAGACGUAUGCGCGAAGUUGGACAGACGUUAGGUAUUCCUUUAUACGUUUUUGGACCGGAAACGCACAUGACCGCCAUUUGUGGUAUGGCUUUGGGGAAGAGGUCUAUUCCAUCAGAGAAUUGCGUGAGCAGUGAAACUACCACGGCCAAUUUUCUGUUGCCCAAUGGAGAAUCUACUUCAAGCGCCAAUAUGGCCGGAGAUUGCCAGGAAUCUUGUUUAAUGCAGCAAGGAGACCAGAGACCAAACCCCAUAGAAAUAUCCCUGCCAGAUGUUGUGUCCAAGGUUGAUGGCGUCGAGAAGGAUGAGAAACCAAUGUUUUCCAUUAAGACAAAGGCCAUCGUCUGGGGUAUGCAGAACAGGGCCGUCCAGAGUAUGCUCGAUUUCGAUUUCGUCUGCCGCAGGGCCGAUCCCAGCGUAGUAGCAGUAAUUUACCCAUUCACGGGUGACCACAAGCAGAAAUUCUAUUGGGGCCACAAAGAGAUUUUGAUUCCUGUUUAUAAGAAAAUGAACGACGCCAUGACCAAGCACCCGGAUGCCGAUGUUUUAGUGAACUUCGCUUCGUUGCGAUCAGCUUAUCAAAGCACGGUAGAAACUCUGGAAUAUCCACAAAUUAGGACGAUCGCGAUCAUAGCUGAAGGUAUUCCCGAAAAUUUUACUAGGAAAAUGAUCAAGUUGGCCAACGAGAAGAACGUGAACAUUAUUGGUCCAGCGACUGUGGGCGGUGUGAAGCCAGGCUGCUUCAAAAUUGGGAACACUGGCGGUAUGAUGGACAACAUCUUGCACUCUAAGCUCUACAGGCCUGGAAGUGUGGCUUACGUGUCACGCUCUGGAGGUAUGUCCAACGAAUUGAACAAUAUUGUAUCCAAGGCGACGGAUGGUGUUUACGAAGGAGUGGCCAUUGGUGGAGACAGGUAUCCGGGAACCACGUUCAUGGAUCACAUUAUGCGUUAUCAAAAUGACGAAAAGAUCAAGAUGAUUAUAUUGUUGGGAGAGGUGGGUGGUGUCGAAGAAUACGAGGUUUGCGAGGCCAUCAAGAAUAAAACAAUUACGAAACCGCUGGUGGCCUGGUGCAUUGGUACUUGCGCCGGAAUGUUUACGUCCGAAGUUCAAUUUGGUCAUGCCGGCUCUUGCGCCAAUACCAAUAAGGAGACAGCGACAGCGAAGAACGAAGCCCUGAAGCAGUCGGGCGCUUACGUGCCAGAGUCGUUCGACUCUUUGGGUGAUAUCAUUCAGAAUGUCUAUCAAAGUUUGGUGAACAAGGGGAUAAUAGUUCCUGCUCCGGAAGUGCCGCCGCCAACCGUGCCCAUGGAUUAUAGCUGGGCCAGGGAGUUGGGAUUGAUCAGGAAACCGGCUAGUUUCAUGACGUCCAUCUGCGACGAGCGCGGCCAGGAGCUUCUGUACGCCGGCAUGCCUAUCUCAGAUGUGCUCAACAAGAACGUAGGACUCGGAGGAGUCAUCUCCUUGCUCUGGUUCCAACGUUGCUUACCUUCGUAUGUAUGCAAGUUCUUUGAGAUGUGUCUGAUGGUUACGGCCGACCACGGACCUGCCGUAUCCGGUGCCCACAACACCAUAGUAUGCGCUCGUGCCGGUAAAGAUUUGGUAUCCAGUGUCGUGUCUGGUCUUCUUACCAUCGGUGAUCGCUUCGGAGGCGCAUUGGAUGGAGCCGCUCGGCAAUUCAGCGAGGCCUACGAUUCCGGUCUGCAUCCUGCCGAAUUCGUCAACCAAAUGCGCAACAAAGGUCAAUUGAUCAUGGGCAUCGGUCAUCGCGUCAAAUCCAUCAACAAUCCAGAUCAACGUGUAAAGAUUGUGAAAGAGUUCGUUAUGGAGUUCUUCCCUGCUACGCCUCUUCUGCAUUACGCCCUGGAGGUGGAAAAAAUUACGACAAGCAAGAAACCCAAUCUCAUCCUUAACGUUGACGGUGUCAUUGCUUGCGCUUUCGUUGACAUGUUGAAUAACUGCGGCAGCUUUACAAGAGAGGAAGCCCAAGAGUAUAUUAGCAUUGGUGCCAUUAAUUCGCUUUUCGUUUUGGGACGCUCCGUCGGUUUCAUUGGACACUACAUGGAUCAAAAGAGAUUGAAGCAGGGAUUGUACCGUCAUCCUUGGGACGACAUUAGUUACGUGAUGCCCGAGCUCAAUAACUGAUGAUAUUUUACUGGCUAUAUUUUUUAAACCAUUCCCUCUUAAAUGUUACGAUUUUUUGUACUAAGAUCACGGAUUUCAUACGGCGAGUGCAUUUAAAAGUGUUACAGAAAAAAAA